ACCUCUCUCUCUCCAUUUCCAUUUCCAAAAACCACACCGCUAAUAACAAACUAAAAAAAAAGAAAUGGCUCUAAGAAGAACCCUAUCAUCAACACAUAAAACCCUAACAAAAUUUCAACAAAUCCGUGGAUUACAAACAUUCACACUUCCAGAUCUUUCCUACGAUUAUGGCGCCCUCGAACCGGCUAUCAGCGGUGAAAUCAUGCAGAUUCACCACCAAAAACACCACCAGGCUUACAUAACUAACUACAAUAAAGCUAUCGAACAGCUCGAUUCCGCUAUUUCUGCUGGAGAUGCUUCUACUGCUGUUAAAUUGCAAAGCGCUAUUAAGUUUAAUGGCGGAGGUCAUGUGAAUCACUCGAUUUUCUGGAAGAAUCUCGCUCCCAUCAAAGAAGGGGGUGGUGAGCCUCCACAUGGCUCUUUGGGCUGGGCUAUUGAUAAUAGCUUUGGUUCUAUGGAAAAGUUAAUUGCUAAGAUGAAUGCGGAAGGUGCAGCUGUGCAGGGUUCUGGAUGGGUGUGGCUUGCACUGGACAAAGAAUUGAAAAGGCUUGUGGUUGAAACAACAGCCAACCAGGACCCACUGGUUACAAAAGGUCCAACUUUGGUUCCUUUGGUCGGCAUAGAUGUUUGGGAGCAUGCAUACUAUUUACAGUACAAAAAUGUUAGGCCCGAUUACUUGAAGAACAUCUGGAAGGUGAUCAACUGGAAAUAUGCGAGUGAAGUAUACGAGAAAGAGUGUCCAUGAAACAUGUGUGUCUUCGUGUGAAGAGGAAUAAAGUACCACCCAAGGCAUAUGUUUUUACUUUGUAAUGAAACCAGUCGGUCUUUUGGUUAGAAUAAUACUUGCAUAGUGUUUACAUCGUUAAAUAGUUGGUUUACACCUGCGUAUUUUGGUUUUUAUCUUUGUGAGACACAAUCAACUAUGUCCGCAUGAAGGUCAUAUUUAGUGACAUACUCUAAACAUUCUCAUCUUUACACUAUUAGAUAUGUUUUUAUGUGAAAUGAUAUCCAAAAUCACAUUUGGUACAUCAAUAAAUAUAUUUGGUGCCUA